GGAAUUUCUUGCGUAGAGCUUUUUUCAUUUCCACCGCGCCAUUCCUUGCACCACUCAUAGAGCGGUAUUUGCACAGACACAUCAGGGUGAAUCUCUACUACCACGCAUCUACUGGUCGAACACAUUGCAACAGCCGGAGAUCGAAUAAAAAAACCAGGACAAUUAGAUCUCGGUAAAACGCCCCACCAUGAACUCGAAUUUCCUGGGCCAAAACUCUCCUUUUGUCAGUAGUCAGUUACGCCUGGACCCACGAGGCCCUGUGCCGCCAUUCAAGACGCUCAGCAUCCCGGAACUAACUCCGAUAGGAGGUAGUGAUUCGCCUGUUGCCGACGAAGAUAGUUUUAUGGACGAAGACACCAAUAACAACACGUUUGUUGAAGCCGAUGCGCCGUCUGUAUGGGCACAGUCAAGCUCGCCGAUUCGCGCUUCGAACAACGAGCACUCGCUUUUCCAGCAGCCUUCGUUUCCGCUUUCACCCACGUUUUCAGCAGGAAAUGCCUUUGAUUCUGAGGACCGCGCCAAAUUCAGCCUGAUUGACAGCAACAACUCUUUAGGAUUCCGCCCGCCAAACGCUUUUACAACCCUCAAUAACUCCAGCAACACGAACUUGUCCGAGGCUACCCAUCUGAAUGCGUCUGGCGCAAACUCUUUGCAUGAUGCGUUGGCGUUCAACGGUGACAACCAUAGUUUGGGAAAUUUUCAGGGCACUCCUCCUCCGGUGCAGCCAUCUUCGUACCUGCCUGCUCAAUACAACGACUUUGCGUUUGAGCAACAACAACAACAACAACAACAACAACAACAACAACAACAGCAGCAGCAGCAGCAGCAAAUUCACCAGCAACGGUUGCAUCAGGAGCGUGAGUUUCGGGAACAGCAAGCUGCAGAACAGCGCUAUCUUCAGCAAGCCGAGUCUCACGAAAUCUUGCGGCAACAGCAGCAGACAACCACACAAAGACCCAUUGCGAAUAAUAAUGGCUGUCUGCAGCCUCAAACACUUCAGACUACAUCUCAAUUUGCUCAGCCUCCGUCCUACAAAAUGCGUACCAAAGGACCAGAGGUUCCACGCACGCCUCCAUCUCAAGUAUCCGGAGCCGGCUUUGAAAACUCGUCCAGAAACCCCAAUUACGUCUACUUUGCAAGACAACCGAAUUUGUUGAGCAGGGUAACACAAGACAAGGCUGCUGGUAUCAAGUUAAAGUUGGAAAACGCCUAUCAAAUGUCUGUGAGCCACGCUAUUGAGAGAAAUCAGCGUCGCUUGGAGUUAGAAAGCAAACUAGCCAACGAAGAGGCGGGAAUGAGUGAAGAACGCAAAAACAGACAGUUGCAGAACCUCGGAAAGAAGGAAUCCCAGUUUUUGCGUCUUAGGAGAACAAGAUUGUCCUUAGAAGAUUUCACUACGGUGAAAGUCAUUGGAAAGGGUGCGUUUGGUGAAGUCCGCUUAGUUCAAAAGCGUGAUACUGGUAAGAUAUAUGCGAUGAAAACGCUUCUCAAGGCUGAAAUGUACAAAAAAGACCAGUUGGCUCAUGUGAAAGCCGAAAGAGAUGUUUUGGCUGGAAGCGACUCACCCUGGGUGGUCUCUUUGUACUAUUCCUUCCAAGAUGCUGUCAACUUGUAUCUUAUCAUGGAGUUUUUACCAGGUGGUGAUUUGAUGACCAUGUUGAUCAGGUGGCAAAUUUUCACUGAAGACAUUACCAGGUUUUACAUGGCAGAGUGUGUCUUAGCCAUUGAAGCUAUCCACAAUCUUGGUUUCAUCCAUCGUGAUGUGAAGCCAGACAACAUUUUGAUAGACAUUCGUGGGCACAUCAAGCUUUCUGAUUUUGGGUUGUCUACAGGUUUUCAUAAAACUCAUGACUCCAGCUAUUACAAAAAAUUGCUAGAGAAAGAAAACCAGACCCAAAAUAACUUGGCAGUUCCAAGCAAAAGCGGACAAAGAAACUCAAUGAUGGUGGAUGCUAUAAAUUUGACAAUGUCUAACAGGCAGCAGAUGCAGACCUGGAGAAACUCCAGAAGGCUUAUGGCAUACUCUACCGUUGGCACACCUGACUAUAUUGCGCCUGAAAUUUUCAUCCAUCAAGGCUACGGCCAAGAAUGCGACUGGUGGUCCUUGGGUGCCAUCAUGUUUGAAUGUUUGAUCGGGUGGCCGCCAUUUUGUUCUGAAACACCUCAUGAGACAUACAAAAAGAUCAUCAGUUGGCAAGAAUCUUUGGUUCUUCCUGAAGAUAUUCACAUAUCGCCCGAGGCUGAAGACUUGAUACGCAGCUUGUUGACCAGCAGUGAUAGACGAUUGGGCCGCAACGGCGGCGCCAAUGAAAUCAAGCAACAUCCGUUCUUUCGCGGUGUUGAUUGGGAAACGAUACGUAGAGUGGAUGCUCCUUUUAUUCCAAAGUUGCGGUCAAUCACAGACACUCGAUUCUUCCCCACGGAUGAAUUGGAAAACGUUCCGGAUAGCCCAGCAAUGAGCCGUGCGCACCAGCAGCAGCAACAACAGGGAGGGGGAGAAAACGUUAAGGAAGACCUUCCAUUCAUUGGCUACACCUAUUCUCGGUUCGAUUAUUUGACCCGAAAAAAUGCGUUGUAACUGUGGUUGAUCUUUGUAUGAGACCGAAAAUCAUACAUCGUCAAGUCAAAUGUCACCCCUGAUUUAUUUGCUGUUGUUGAUCACAGCGGUUGGAGUUGUCUCGUGUUGGCUUGCUAAAUAGAAACGAACAUAAAUAUGAGAGUCACUAUGAAUAAACUUUUCUUGGAUGGACUUUCUGAC